AUGGAAAAGAAGACAUGGGUAAUGCUUGAGAACAACCCCGAUGUAAUGAACAAAUUGGCAACGAAGUUGGGUCUAUCAUCUGAGCUCCAGUUCUACGACGUCUAUUCCCUGGAUGAACCCCAACAACUCGCACAUAUCCCUCGACCUGCCCUGGCUCUACUGGCCAUCAUUCCACUUACACCAGCUUGGGAUCGAAGUCGCGAGGCCGAAGACGCUAACAAAGAACCCUACACUGGCUCCGGCCCUGACGAGCCGGUCAUCUGGUUCAAGCAGACCAUCGGCCACGCCUGCGGCUCAAUCGGCCUGCUCCAUAGCGUGAUCAACGGUCCGGCCGUCGACUUUAUCAAGCCUGAUUCCGAUCUCGCGGCGAUACGAAGCCUCGCCAUACCGCUGGAUAUGACCAAACGCGCCGAAUUGCUGUACAACAGCGAGCCAUUCGAACUUGCUCACAAGUCGGUCGAACAGGCCGGCGACAGCUAUGCCGAUCCGACGGAUGAGCGUAAUGGUGGGCAUUUUGUGAGUUUUGUCAAGAGCGGUGGGAAGCUCUGGGAGCUUGAAGGGUCGAGGAAGGGUCCUUUGGAGAGAGGAAGGCUUGCGGACGACGAGGACGUUCUCAGUCCGCGAGCGCUUGACAUGGGCAUCAAGAGGAUCAUCAAGUUGAACGCGGAUGGAGGAGGAGAGAACCUUCUUUUUAGCUGCAUUGCUUUGGCUCGCAGGCCUUAG